AAAGAAUUAUACUCUUUACAUACAUACAAUGACACAGAGCAGUUCACACAUUCAAACAGUCCACGCAACGACCAUAUCAGCUGCUUUACGAUGAGUUGAAUCUUUAGCGUAAUAAUCAAAAAAAAAAGAAGAAAAUCCUCCUGUUUUUCCAUUACCAAACUCCUAUCUGACAAGGGGCAAUAUAGAACGUAUAGUUCACGGAAGACAAAAGAGAUAGUAUUCUUGAUCAGGUCUUGAUCUUUAUGAUUUUUGAUAGCGCCAAAUCAUAAAGGAGAGAUUUUCAGAGAAAUCCCUGAUCGAAUUUUUGCCAGAAAAUUAAUGGAUCCGGAGAUAUGGAGCCGGUUGCCGGAGGAGAUUCUCGAGCACGUGCUUUCAUUUCUUCCCCUGAAAACAUUCUUGACACUCAGAACAACCAGCAAACACUUCCAAUCCCUGCUUUUCUCCCCGGCUUUCGUCUCCAAAUACUCUGCUUCUUCUACUCCUCUGUUUUCUUUUCUGGUCCUUUCACACCCUCAAUUCGGCAGCAAGUGUCCUCUGUUCGAUACUGGUCGGAAUUCAUGGCGGACUUUGCCACUUCACUUCUCUCCCAUACUGAAGAACACCUCCGCACCUUCUUCAUCAGUCUUGAUCUCCAUCUCCAAUGGCCGCCUCUGUUUUUCUCAUACCAAUUCCUCAUCUUUUGUUGUCAGAAACCUUUUCCCUCCAUCAAUUGAUGUUGUAAAAUCCCCGAAGAAGAUCCCAUCAAGUUACGAGUCCCUCAGUUUUGUAUCCACUUCCAGUGGUUACAACCUCUUGAUGAUGACUUCUUUCGGAUCGUCGAAAACCGCUCUUGUUUACGACUCCAAAAUCCAUACUUGGAAACAGUUUCAGGGGUUUGGUCAAUCUCUGUACAAUCAGGAAGGCGUUCUGUAUCAAGGGCUUCUGUAUUUCAUCACUCCAGAGCCGUUUCAGAUUGUUUGCUUUGAUUUGGAGAGUGGGAUUUGGGGAAGAUCAGUGAUUGAACUUCCAGGUGAACUUGCUUUUGCUAAGAUGCUGGCAAGCAAUGAUCGAGGGAAUGAGAAGCUGUAUUUGAUUGGAGGGAUUGGAGGGAAUGGGAUUUCAAGGAGCAUGAAAUUGUGGGAAUUGAGUGGAGAAAAGAAUUGGGUUGAAAUUGAGAGAUUGCCAGAAAUGAUGUUCAGGAAAUUUGUGGGAGUUUGUUACCAUAAAUAUGAGCAUGUUUAUUGCUUUUGGCAUCAGGGAUUAAUUUGCAUUUGCUGCUAUACUUGGCCUGAGAUAUUGUACUUCAAGGUAAGCAGGAGGAGCUGGCAUUGGCUGCCUAAAUGCCCUUUGUUGCCUGAGAAAUGGAGCUGUGGUUUCAAGUGGUUUUCCUUUGCUCCUCAGCUUUGUUCAUCAGCUUAAUUACUCCAAUAAAUGAAAUUCAGGUGGGCAAAAUAACAAAAAAACAUUCAGAACGAUCAUCAUUUUGGGACGGAAAGAGUAUUAUAAUUUUUGGUAUAAAACAUGAUACUCCUUAAUCUGCCAAACACAGUGGCCAUCAGAAUGAAAUAGCUACCAUGUUUUGGGCAUUGGAUCGUUAUAGUUCCUUCAUUCAUAUAACAAUUAGACGGACGUCCUUGUAAGGAUCUGCACACUUGAUUUCACAGGUUCUCGUUUUCCACACGCCCAUAUAAAUUUUCUUUCCGUCCCAAAGUAGUAGUCUUGUUCAAACAAUGGAGGGAGUAAAUUGAAUCAUUUGUCCUCUCCAAUCUCCCUGAUCUUCUAGUGUCUAUUUUAAAGCUGUAUGUGAGACAUGGUUUAGUUUAGCAUUUGAUAAACUUGCGCUGUUCCUGUUAAACUACAGGAUAAAUGGAGGAAAGAAGCGACUGAUACAACUUGAUCUUGUUAAGUUUACAGUUUCGACGG